AUGACUCUCCCCAAAUCUACGAAAGCCACCCCAAAAAUUCCUACUAAAACAGUGACACUCCGCCUGAAAAGUACGACAACUGAAAUCAUUAUCAGAAAUAAAGAAUAUGAAGUUAAGGAAACGGACACUGUUGCAAUGUUUCUAAAAAGAAUUCACAAAGAAUACAGUUUAAAAUCAGACCAGUCGCUUUUCAUGUACAUUGAUGGAUCAUUCUCGCCUGCACUUGACGUCACUUUUGAGACACUCGCUAAAAAUUAUGCUGUUAGAACCACCGGCAAGGACAUCAUUGAGUUUCUGUGCAAUCUCACACCAUCUAAAGGAUGA